AUGCUUCCCGUCAUUGGUGUGGCCCUCUUGACGUCCGCUUUCAGCGGUGGUCAGGCUCAGACGCUGCAGGCACCGUAUGCGACACCUACAUACGUUACUCCUUCAAGUGCCCAAUGGCCAUCGUCUGCGACAUGGGCUUCUCUGAACACUUCCCUUGACGGUCGGUUGUCUACUUUGAGACCCUGGGCUGCAGUCUGCUACGAGGGGGACCCCUUGUUCGAUGCGAUUGCAUGUCAAGCUGUCAUUUCAGGCUACGGUGUAGACACAACGCGUGAAAGUUCUGCGGCCGCUCUGCUUUGGGUUGACUGGGAAGCCUGUGGCUAUGGCAACUCAUGCGCUUUGGAUGGGGCUGACCCUCAGAUUAUCUCUAACGCGACCUGCGGUCAGGGUUCUACUCCUUCGUAUAGCGCGGAAGUCCUGUCUCCUGAAGACAUUUCGGCGGUGAUCACUUGGGCUACGCAGAACAACGUUAAGCUCACAGUAAAAAAUACGGGACAUGAUUAUGCCGGUCGAUCUGCCGGCCCAUAUACGCUGCAAGUGUGGACACACAACAUGAACAACAUGACCUAUGUUCCGGACUUCGUGCCGCAAGGAUCCAGCGCGAGUCCUGUUCCUGCCGUCACCAUUGGCGCUGGUGUUCAAGCGGAGAGCCUAUACGAAUUCGUCCUUGCUCAAAAUGUAUCGGUUGUAAAUGGCGGCUGUUUGACGGUCGGAGUCGCUGGUGGUUACAUUCAAGGCGGGGGUCACGGAGUGUUGGCACCCGCAUAUGGACUUGCCGCCGAGCAUGUACUUGAGGUCACUAUUGUCACUGCUGAUGGAACUAUUCGGACGGUCAACGAAGCUCAAGACUCGGACUUGUUUUGGGCAAUCCGUGGCGGUGGCGGUGGGACGUAUGGCAUUGUUGCAUCGAUGACAAUUGCUACCCUCCCGCAGAUGUCUAUUGGUGCAUCGUUGUUGACAAUUGAGCCAAACCAGGCGAUGAACAGCUCACAGUUGGCUAUAAAUUUCAUCGCGAUGGUUGCUCAGUAUGCAAACAUCUGGGCCGACGCAGGUAUUACCGUUGUGCUACUUCCAGACACGACCAGCUACUCCCUGGACUUCUACUGGCCAUCGUCGCUGGCUUCGGUUUCUAUGUUCUAUCCUAUUUUCGAGGACAUUCUCGCACAAUCGUCAUCGUAUAAUGUCACCUCCAAUACUACGUCGCAGACCAUGUUUUCCUCUGUUACACAAGCAGAGAUCAUGGAGAUCGGUCCAUUCUUUGAUGCUGUCAAUAUUUACGGCAUGGCCAACAGGCUCGCGUCUCGCCUAAUCCCCUAUUACAACAUGACUACUUCGGAAGGUCAGACUGCCGUUGCAGAAGCAAUUUGGGCCGGUGCGGAGAUAAUAAACGGUCCAUUGACUGAAGGCCUCGCGGGCACAUUUGGCCAAGUGCCCCCGCUCAUCAUCGGGGACAUGCCUGCCGCCACAAGGAACCAGUCGAACUCUACUGCCUCAAAUCCUGGCCUAUAUGAUGCAGUAUGGCAUGUUGUCUAUGCCACACCUUACCUCACCACUGGUCCCGGUGUGACUCAAUCAACUGUUAAUCUAGUGCAAAAUGCGAUCAAGAAUGCUACCCAACCUCUCAUUGACAUUGGUAUGGUCUCUUCCUACCAGAAUGAAGGUAGUGCGUACGAGACGGACUGGCAGCAAGCGUUCUUCGGAUGGAAGUAUCCGUUGCUGUCGGAUGUUAAGCAAAAGUAUGACCCGAAGAACUUCAUAAUGAACUAUCAGGGCGUCGGCUUCGUGUCGACCCUCGAGCCUUUCACGUGCUGGGAGCAGAAUGAAGUGCAGCCGUAUUCUAGUGACCAACCUGCGUUUGUUCCUACGCUGAUUACACCACUGCAAGACUAUGAGCUCGUUCGUGUGCACCACCCCGACUCUCCUCACUGCCGCCAUCUCUCGCCAACCGAACGACAUGCGCGUUUCCAGCGUAUCACCGCAGCGUAUGAUAUUCUCCGCGGUCGUCAAGUCGACCCCUACCGUGCAGAGAUCGAACGGCGGAGGCGUGCACAACAAGCAUGGGCAAGGUCCAGAGCGCGCCGGCAUGCUGAAUUUGCGGGCGGCUUAGGCGAGAGCUCUGAGUGGGCAGCCGACAGGCGAUCGGACGGGAUUGGAUGGCGAGACAGGCUGAUAAUCUCUGCGGGCAUCCUGUCUCUCGGUGUCGGUCUCGCACCCAUAUUCUGGCCGGGUAUAGGGGUGGACGACCAGCGGCAUCAGGCGGCCGCAGCUAGCCUUGCACAGGCGAGAAGAGAGGCGCGCGAGUAUGGACAAGAGCGACGGAGGGAGAUCCGGCGUCGAGUGCAGGAGUUCCGAGAGCAGGAGGAAGGCCUGCAAGACGCCGAUGCGCCUGAGGACUCGAGAUGGCAACGGCCCGAAGAGCAGCAUCGAUGUUCUGCGCAGAGCAGGCAGCGAUAG